AUGCCCGCCCUCGCCCGCAAGAUUCUGAUCGUGGCCGCCAUCGACGGCCUCAUCCUCUCACCCAUCCAGAACUCACGCAGCGCCCCCAAACCCCCACCGAGCGUCAAGAUCGACUGGAAGAGCAAACAGAUCCUCCCCCACGCGGCCAGCAAAGACAAACCAAAAGACGAGGCGGCGGCGGCGGUGGCGGUGGCCCCAAACGGCCUAGAAGCCCACGGGAUCGCAGGACUACUCAACAUCUCCCCCACAUCCUCGUUCCUGAUCGCAAUCACCUCCCGCGAACAAGUCGCCACGAUCCGCGGCCGCCACCCAAUCUACGUCGUCACCGACGUGGCCCUGAUCCCGCUGUCCUCGCAGCGCGAAGCCGACGCCUACAUCUCGCGGACGCGCCCGCGCGUCGCAAAGGGCGACACCGACGGCGCCACCAGCUCCUCCGAGGAAGAGGAGCUGCAGGACGACAUUGCGGCGUCGCGGCGGUCGAGCACCGACACGGCCGGGGGCAGCGGCAAUAGCAGCAGCGUCGGCGAAGAUGUGAUUGGGCGGAAGGGGCUGUAUGGGCGCUUCGCUGAGAAGUGGUUCAGUAAGCGCGGGUGGACGGAGGAGCGGAGGAAAUCUGAGGGGCUGUCGCCGGGGGAGAGGCCGGCGGCGGUGGCAGCGGCGGCGCCGCAGAAGGUUGAUGUUGGGCAUGCGGUUGAGGAUCAGGAGGGGGUGGAUAUCACGAAGCCUGAGAAUCGGCCGGCGCCGAAUGAUGAAGAAGAGGAGAGGGUGGUGGAUGGCGCGGCGGAUAGUAAGGGGGAGGUGAAGAAGAAGGAGCAGGUGGAGGAGGCCGUGGAGGCGGUCAAGGAGGAUGUGGCGCACAAUUUGACGCCGAAGCUCCUGAAUACGACGAGGCUGCUGCUGGGAGGGUCGAGGAGCUUCUAUUUCAGCUAUGACUGGGAUAUCACGAGAAGUUGGAGCACACAGCGUCACUCGAAGAGCGAGAGCUUGCCAUUGUGGAAGCUUGUGGACCCAUUGUUCUUCUGGAACCACCAUCUCCAAAAGCCGUUCAUCGACGCAAACCAGGACGCCUUCGUCCUGCCCCUCAUGCAAGGCUUCGUCGGGCAGCUCCCCUUCACGACCACGACCACCGCCGUGACGCCUCCCCCGUCCGAAGACCAAGCCCCGACCUUCGAGUCCAUGGUCCCCACGCAGCAGAACCUGCUCCUAACGCUCAUCUCGCGCCGCUCAAUCCGCCGCGCAGGUCUCCGCUACCUCCGCCGCGGCGUCGACGACAACGGCAACGUCGCAAACAGCGUCGAAACCGAACAACUGAUCAGCGACAGCGAGUGGAACCGCGUCUUCUCCUACCUCCAGAUCCGCGGGUCCAUCCCCCUCUACUUCCAGCAGAGCCCCUACGCCCUCAAGCCCAAGCCCAUCCUGCUGCGCACCGAGGCCGCCAACGCCGCCGCCUUCUCAGAGCACUUCAAGGCCGCCACCGACCGCUACGGCAAGGUCCACGCCGUCAGCCUCGUCGAGAAGCACGGCAACGAGGCUAUCAUCGGCGAUAAGUACCAGGCCGCCAUGCAGAACCUGCCGGAGCAGCAGAAGCGCAGCGUCGGCUUCAACUGGUUCGACUUCCACCACGAGUGCCGCGGCAUGCGCUUCGAGAAUGUCAAGCACCUCUUCGACGAGAUCGGCCCGGUUCUGGACGGCUUUGGCUACCACGAGGAGUCGGCCGGAGGCAAGGUUGCGCGCCGCCAGGAGGGCGUGCUGCGCACAAACUGCAUGGACUGUCUCGACCGCACUAACGUCGUUCAGAGCGCCGCUGCCCGCGCAGCGCUAGAAAAGAAUCUGGCUGCCCUCGGCGUCCGUGUCGACGGCGAGGGCGAAGCGUGGUUCAACCGCCUCUGGGCCGACAACGGCGACGCAAUCUCAAAGCAGUAUGCGUCGACGGCCGCCCUCAAGGGCGACUUCACGCGCACCAAGAAGCGGAACUACCGUGGUGCCUUGACGGACUUUGGUCUCACGCUCACUAGGUACUUUACCAACAUUGUCAGCGACUUCUUCACGCAGGCGGCCAUCGAUUUCCUGCUUGGUAGCGUGACCGCAAAGGUCUUUGACGAGUUCGAGGAGGAGCUCAUGAGCGGUGAUCCGGCCGUCUCGAUGGAUAAGCUCCGCCAGAACGCGAUCGAGGUAUCGAGUAAGAUUGUUGUCGAGGACGAGAACGAGGUGCUCCGCGGCGGCUGGACGAUGCUGGCGCCCGCGGAGUCAGGCACGCUGAGGACCUUUCCGUUCAGAGAGGUUGUGGUCCUCGUCACGGACAAGGCGCUCUAUCGAUGCGGGUUCGACUUCACCCUUGAGAAGGUCAGCGAGUUUGAGAGGGUGGAGCUUGCGGACGUAGUUGGUGUCCAGUGGGGAACAUACAUCAUCUCAACCCUCGCCCACCCCUCAACAGACGAGAAACGAAACGUCGGCUUCAUCGUAAGCUACCAGCCCUCGUCCGCCGGCGGAAGCAUCGUGAGGGUCAACACCCGCUCCAUGAAGAGCAUGUUCCCCAAGGGCACCUCGCGCCCAAAGUUCAUGGCGUUCAAGGUGCUUCCUGGCGCGGCAAACAACAGCGAGAUCGAGCUCGUGGAGGGCGUGUGCAAGGAAAUCGAGGCUGCGCGGAACGAAAGGGUUAAGAAGGAGGGUGUGCCUGGUGCAGAGGAGCAGCAGCAGGAGGGAGAGUUCGUGGUGAAGAAGGAUAUUAUUGGGCUGGCGGAGGCAAAGAGGAGUACGGGGUUGUUGGAGCAGUGGGGCUAUUCGUUGAGGAAGUCGGUGUGGGCGUAG